AUGACCUUAUCGCAAUUUGUGGAUCUUUCAAGUCCUCUCAGACCUACAAAUGCGGAGCGUCUCUCCGUACAGGAUCAAAUCGCGUCCUUAGAACCACGGUUAGAGGAUAUUCAAACCCAAAGGAAGCUUGCACUCGCUCACCUUAGCUCUCUCCUCGUGGAGAAGUCGCUUUUAGAAAUCGAAAUUAAUCGUCGAAAGGAGCUCCUUCAUCCUAUCAAAUCGCUCCCCGCGCAUCUCAUGACGCACAUAUUCGAAUUCGACAUCGAAUAUUGGCCAAAAGGCAUAGCAAGAUUACAGCUCGUCUCGAAAGAGUGGUACCACCUCGUCAAAAACUCUCCUACGCUAUGGA